GGCCGCGGGCGCCCGGAAAGGAGUGACUUUCCAGGGUCGCGCGGCCCCGGAUAGAGCGGCUGGGGACAUGGGCUCGCAGGGCUCACGUCUUGGCCGGAAGCCCGCCGUCUCCGCCAGGAGACUCCUUGCCCGGUGCUGCGCUCCUUUGCAGGGCGAGGGCCCCCUUUUAAGGAAACGGUAGACGGUGGACCGUUUGGGGAACAGGAUGGUUUGCAGAGAAUGGGGAUCUGGACGAGAGACAGCAGAUGCUCCGGGGAUGCUGGACUUGGUGCACGGCUGCUUGUUUCACGAGGUGAUGCAGCAAGAAGGCUCUCUAAUGAUCCACAGCACGGUCUUCCUGGUGGCACACUCACACGCCGUCAUGGAACCGCUCGUCAUGGAACCGCUUGUGUGUUCAUUCCACAGACCCCUGCCGAGCACCUGCUGUGUGUCGGGCCCUCCCCCAGGCUCUGGGGGUACAGCCUGAGUGACCAGACUACAGGUCUUUCUUCAUGGAGGAAGGCGGAUAAGAAGCAAGAGGCCGUGGUGUUUGAGGAUGUGGCCGUGUACUUCACAAGGAUAGAGUGGAGUUGCCUGGCCCCCGACCAGCGGGCACUGUACAGGGAUGUGAUGCUGGAGAACUACGGGCACGUGGACCUCGCUGGGUGAGGCUUUCUUGUUGCCAAACCAGCACUGAUCUCCCUCUUGGAGCAAGGGGAGGAGCCGGGGGCUUUGAUUCUGCAGGUGACUGAGGAGCGAGGGUCCGCAACCAGCCGCUGCCCAGAUUCUAGGAUGGAGGCUGGGAUCAAGCAAUCUCCUCUGAGGAGAGUGUCCUCUAAGCAGUUAGGACUAUUGGGCACGAUUUGGGGCCGCCUCCCUGCGGGGAGGCCCAAGUUAACUGAAUUGAAUGGCAGUCCUGAGGAUGGGUUAGAUAAAGUACCCCUCCCCCUCCAGGCAGGCGGCCCUGGUGGGGUACUCAGCACGUCCCUGGGGGUCCUGGAGGACAAACAGCGAGCCUCGGGCCGUGCAGGCACUGUUGGGCAGAGAGUGUACAGGUGUGCUUGUGGCAAGGCGUUUAAGUACAACUCGCUGCUGCUCAGGCACCAGGUCAUCCACACGGGCGCCAAGCCCUACCAGUGCACUGAGUGCGGCAAGGCCUUCAAGCAGAGCUCCAUUCUCCUGAGACACCAGCUGAUCCACACCGAGGAGAAGCCCUACCAGUGCAGUGAGUGUGGCAAGGCCUUCCGGCAGAGCACACAGUUGACUGCGCACCACCGAGUCCACACUCGGGAGAAGCCCUACAAGUGUGGGGAGUGCGGGAAGGCCUUUGGCCGCAGCUCCCGGCUCCGGCAGCACCAGAAGUUCCACACAGGGGAGAAGCCCUACGAGUGCGGGGAGUGCGGGAAGGCCUUCUGCCGCAGGUUCACACUCAAUGAGCACUGCCGCAUCCACAGCGGGGAGAGGCCUUACACCUGCCUGCAGUGUGGGCAGCGCUUCAUCCGUGGGUCCUCGCUCCUCAAACACCACAGGCUGCAUGCCAGGGAGAGCCCCCGAGACGACAGCGGCUGUCCGAAUACCCUGCUCGGCGCAGCGCAGAAAGCUGCUGCAGGGGACAAGCUGUACCAGUGCUCCGUAUGCCAGAGGCUCUUCAAGCACAACUCCUUGCUCCUCCUGCACCAGAGGCUGCAUACGGGCGAGAAGCCCUUCGAGUGCAGGGAAUGUGGCAAAGCCUUCAGCCGGAAGUCCAACCUCACUCUGCACCAAAAGACCCACACCAAGGAGAAGCCAUUUGCCUGCACGGAAUGUGGCAAGGCUUUCCGCAGGAGCUACACACUGAAUGAGCACUACCGGCUGCACAGCGGUGAGAGGCCCUACAGGUGCCGGGCCUGUGGGAGGGCCUGCAGCCGGCUGUCUGCCCUCAUUCAGCACCAGAAGGUCCAUGGCCCAGAGUGCUCCCGGGAGGGUGGGGAACACAGACGAGUUGGUAAAAGUCAGAGACUUGGGUGUCUGACUCUUGAUUUCGGCUCAGGUCAUGAUCUUGGAGUGUGAGAUUGAGCCCCGAUCUCACGUGGAGUCUCCUGGGCAUGGAGUCUGCUUGAGAUUCUCUCUCCCACUUUCCCUCUGCCCCCCCCUCCCAUCCCCAAACAACAGAAAAGGCAGAGAACCCAUUGGGGAGAGGCCCCAAGGCAGAGGGCCCGGGGCCAGGGCUGUGGUCAGGCAGCACGCAGGGUGAGGACGGUGAGCCAGAGGGGUCCUCCCGCAGCUGGGGAGCCUGGAUGCACACACAUGCUCCAAUGAGUCACAUGAGGAUUGUGGGUGGGUUCUGUUUUCUUUUUCCACUCAUUUGUUUUCCAAACACUGACUUGUGAUCAGAACAAAACAAACAAAAAGGCUAUGUUGGCUCAUUUUUGUUUACUUUUAUUAGGACUGACCAAGAUGAAGCCCAGCUUGCGGCGGGGCGAGGGGGUGGGGGUGGGGGGCAGCCCAGCCCAGCCCCUAUUUGGAGGGGAGGGCACAGGACUAGAAUCCACAGGGUACCCGGCUUGGGGAUGCUUGGGAUUCUCAGGUGGAUCAAGGGUUUGUCAACCAGUCAGGCCGGAGGGGCAGUGGCGGGAGCCAGGACUUGGGGACCAGGGUCUGCAGGCUCCCAGCAGUGCCUCAGGAACCCCAGCUGGCUUGAGCAUGGUCCGCCCUCACCAGGCCUGUCAGCAGAAGGCGGCUCUGGGGAGGAGCCUCCCGAGGGCCUGCUGACAAGGGAAGGCAUCUCUUAGUGACCCUUGGUUGGGAACGCUGAGAGUGCUGACAGCUUCUGCGGCAUCCUAUAGAAGGUGCACCAGAAAGGAGGCCUCCAGCCCCAAGCCAGCUGAAGAGCUGACCAGUAAAUGUGUAUUUUUUAAUCUACUUUUUUUCCCCUAAGUAUAAAUUUUUUGUAGGACAUUUGGGAAAUGCAAAAACUUAUUAAAAAAAAAAAAAAAAGAAAUGUAGGGAUGCUUGAGUGGCU